AUGCAGUUUUUGUGCCUUCAUGGGGCCCUUGGCAACCGAGAUACUAUACGCAUUCAACUAGAACCACUCCAAAAAGAAUUGGCCAGUGGCCAAGUAGCCGAAUUCCAUUACACCAAUGCUCCCUUUGAAGCCAAUCCACCUCCAGGCUUUAGGGAGUAUUUCGGACUAGGCCCUUAUUUUCGGUGGGUGGACGAUGAGGGAGCUGCAGAAGACUCCAUGCUGGCCCGCAUUCGAGAACUCCCUGUCAGACGAACCCCCGAAGAUGUGAUGCGGCAUCUCAUGAAUAAGGAGAUAAAAUGGAAAAACCGCAACUCGGUUAUACAGUUCCUUGACGAUUUGCUUGAUAAACACCCUGAAAUUGAAGGAAUCGUUGGGUACAGCGAAGGGUCGGCAAUGGCUGCCACGUAUAUCAUAGACGAGCAGAGGAGACUGAAAGAAACCGGAAGAACUCGAAGGAUAAAAUGUGCCAUCUUCUUUACCGGCUGGCCACCAAUUUCCAACGGGAAUGGGCCGAUUUUAUCUGACGAGAGUGAUGUUGUGGUGGAUGUGCCAACUCUCCAUGUAGUUGGCGCGAAUGAUCCAUAUUGCCAGGGUGCUCUUGCGUUAUAUAACGUCUGCGACCCUGAUGUGGCGAUGAUGUUUGAUACAGGGAAAGGACAUACUGUACCUCGAGACGCUGUUGUUAUUUCGGAACUGGCAAAUGAGGUUAAGGAACUUAUUGAAAACACAAAUUCAAUGUAG